AUGAGGGCUGCCCGCGCAGUUCUGUUCGCCCUUCCCAUCGCCGCAGCUCUCGGCCCUCGGAGCCGCAGCUCCCCGCAGCUGCUCGGCGCCCAGUCCUCCCAGUCCUCGGUCCGCGCGACCACGGGGCUGUCGGCGUGGGGCCGCGACGCGGCGUCUUCGCACAGCCAGGUCGACAGCGACGCGGGCGACAACACGGUGGUCGGAGCCUCCGCGGACGACGAGGACGUGACCCGGGCCGCCGAGGACGACCCCGUGAUCGGGGGGUCCGUGGACGACUCCGAGCCGCCGGGCGGCGAGGACCAGGGCCAGGAGCAGACGGAGGCGCGGCCCUGGAAGAGCUUGCGGGAGCCAGAGGAAGAUAAUGUCAGCCGAUGGCGCUACCAACCUGCGAACGGCAUCCACACGUACACCCGCAAGGAGCCCACCAUAAAUUCCGAGCGCACAAAGAUCAAGGUCAUGCCCGGCGAGGUGGUCUCCGUCGUCGAGGAGCGACGAGGCGAGCAGGGCGUCACCUUCCUGAGGAUUGCAAACGGCACGGGCUGGAUGUUCGACUCCAAGCCUGGUGUCGGCACCAUGUGCGUGAAGGUUGAGGACUCGCCGGCGCCGCUCCCCCAGCCGGCGCCGGAAGCCGCCGCGCGAGAGCCCGCCGGGGGCAGCGGCGGGGGGCGCGCAGGGCCGCCGGAGGAGCAGCCGAAGCGCCCGCCGCAGCGGGCCGCGGCGGCCGAGGCGCCUUCGCAGCGCGGGGCCGCCGCCUCGACGGAGAGACGCGAGGGAGGGCGAGGAGGAGGCCGCGCCCUCGCGGCUGGGGGCCUUCGCGUCGAUGCUGGGGCUCGCCGGAAGGCCGGCGAAG